GAGAGGUGAGCGACCCAAGCAGGGGUGGAGUGGAACCAAUGAUGUGUAUACGCACCAUUGAGUGGAACAAGCAGCAGUGAAGCGUGCGUUUUGAUAUGUCGGACCCGGUGGCACAGGCCUUGCAACCCCGGCUACAUCAAGCUCAGUCUGGUGGGACUGCUGGGUCUAACGCUGCUGCGGUGGGAUCUGGAUCGGGGAACAGUGACCCAGUCAGACCAGGUCUUAGCCAACAACAGCGGGCGAGUCAGAAAAAAGCCCAAGUCAGAGCUUUUCCACGGGCGAAAAAGCUCGAGAAACUCGGCGUCUUCUCCGCUUGCAAGGCUAGUGACACAUGCAAGUGCAAUGGCUGGAAGAACCCACAACCGCCGACUGCCACCCGAAGUAUGGAUUUACAGCAACAAGCGGCCAGCCUUAGCGAGUCAUGCCGCAGCUGCGGGCAUGCCCUGGCGGCCCAUGUGUCCCACCUGGAGAACGUGUCAGAGGAGGAGAUCAACCGGCUGCUGGGCAUGGUGGUGGAUGUGGAGAACCUCUUUAUGUCUGUGCACAAGGAGGAGGACACGGACACCAAGCAGGUCUACUUCUACCUCUUCAAGCUGCUGAGAAAAUGCAUCUUGCAGAUGAGUCAGCCGAUAGUGGAGGGAUCAUUGGGGAGUCCCCCCUUUCAGAAACCCAACAUUGAGCAGGGAGUGUUGAACUUCGUUCAGUACAAAUUCAGCCACCUGGCACCCAGAGAGAGGCAGACGAUGUUUGAGCUCUCCAAGAUGUUCCUCCUGUGUCUCAACUACUGGAAGCUGGAGACUCCCACGCAGUUCCGCCAGCGGUCCCAGAAGGAUGAUGGCACAGCCUACAAAGUGGACUACACGAGGUGGCUAUGCUACUGCCAUGUCCCCCAGAGUAACGACAGCCUGCCGCGCUAUGAGACCACCCAGGUGUUUGGCCGCAGUCUGCUCAAGUCAAUCUUCACCGUGACGCGCCGCCAGCUCCUGGAGAAGUUCCGAGUGGAGAAGGACAAGCUCCUCCCAGAGAAACGCACACUCAUCCUCACACACUUUCCCAAGUUUCUGUCUAUGCUAGAGGAGGAGAUCUAUGGGGAAAACUCUCCCAUUUGGGAGGCUGACUUCACCAUGCCUGCCUCCGAGGGGGGCCAGCUGGGUCACCAGUUAGUGAUCAGCCCUGCUGCAGUGUCGGGCUCGCCCUCCUUCUCUAAAGGCAACAGUGGCCCUUCGCUAGGCAGUCUGGGGCUGGACGCUGGCGUGGCCGAGCCCAUAACAGGAGAGAAGAGGAAGCUUCCAGAAGUGCUGACCCUGGAGGAUGCUAAGAGGAUCAGAGUGAUGGGAGACAUCCCGAUGGAGUUGGUCAACGAGGUGAUGAUGACCAUCACUGACCCGGCUGCCAUGUUGGGCCCAGAGACGAGUCUGCUGUCUGCCAAUGCUGCUCGUGAUGAGACAGCCCGGUUAGAGGAGAGGCGGGGCAUCAUAGAGUUCCAUGUCAUAGGGAACUCCCUUUCCCAGAAGUCCAACAAGAAGAUUCUGAUGUGGCUGGUGGGCUUGCAGAACGUCUUCUCCCACCAGCUGCCUCGCAUGCCCAAAGAGUACAUCACACGCCUGGUGUUUGACCCGAAGCACAAGACGCUGGCCCUAAUCAAAGAUGGCCGUGUCAUCGGGGGAAUCUGUUUCAGGAUGUUCCCCACCCAGGGCUUCACUGAGAUCGUCUUCUGUGCCGUCACAUCCAACGAGCAAGUCAAGGGCUACGGUACUCACCUGAUGAACCACCUAAAGGAGUACCACAUCAAGCACAGCAUCCUGUACUUCCUCACCUACGCUGAUGAGUACGCCAUUGGCUACUUCAAGAAGCAGGGUUUUUCCAAAGACAUCAAAGUGACUAAGAGUCGUUACCUUGGUUACAUCAAGGACUACGAGGGGGCUACCCUCAUGGAGUGUGAGCUGAAUCCCAGAAUCCCCUACACGGAGCUCUCUCAUAUCAUCAAGAGGCAGAAAGAGAUCAUUAAGAAGCUGAUUGAGAGGAAGCAGAGCCAGAUCAGGAAGGUAUACCCAGGACUCACCUGCUUCAAAGAGGGGGUACGGCAGAUCCCUGUGGAGAGCAUCCCUGGCAUCAGGGAGACAGGCUGGAAGCCCAGUGCAAAGGAGAAAGUGAAAGAGUUAAAAGACCCUGACGUUUUGUACAACAUGCUGAAGAAUCUCUUGGCCCAGGUCAAGACUCACCCUGAUGCCUGGCCCUUCAUGGAGCCUGUGAAAAAGACUGAGGCUCCAGACUACUACGAGAUCAUACGCUUCCCCAUUGAUCUGAAGACCAUGACGGAGAGGCUGAAGAACAGAUACUAUGUGACCAAGAAGCUGUUCAUAGCAGACCUGCAGCGCGUCAUUACCAACUGCCGUGAAUACAACCCCCCGGACAGCGAGUACUGCAAGUGUGCCAACACCCUGGAGAAGUUCUUCUACUUUAAGCUGAAGGAAGGGGGCUUGAUCGAGAAGUGAAGCUAGGGUCACAGGGUCACCAUGCACGACGGCCCCACUGCGGAACAGCAGGAAGGAGCGCUCGUGGACACUCACUCACGCACGCACACCCACACACACUGUCUUGUGAUGACUUCGUCAGGGGGUCACUGCUAGCCAUAUUCCAACCCUUUUUCCCCUCGUCUUUUCUUUUAGGAACCCUUUAUUAAUGGCAGUGUGUGUUUAUGCAUGUUUAUAUUACUGGUGGUUGAAGGGAACAGUGGAGUAUAACCACACAAUCGCGGAGGUAAUUGGAAAGGCUCUAUGGGCGAGGUUAAGUUUGUUAAUGUGUCGAAAUGACUCUCCAUCAAUCUCUCACUCUCUGUUUGUUUGUCUGUCUCCCUCUAUCCCCGUCUCAGUACCCUCUGUAGUAUAGAAUCUCUGUGUGUUGCCGUCUCAUUCUGGUUUCAUCCUUGCUCUAAGUGACACAUAGAAGGAGCUGUAACGUAUUCCUGUGCCUAAACGGCUGGUCCCACAGCAGAUCAUGUCACACUUUCCACAUAGGUUAAAUUCAAAUUAUAGGAUGGCAUUUUCACGGGAUUGUUUCUCAAUCGGAUGAAAUAAUGCCCGCUUAGACAUUCACACUCGCAGCUCCUCCAGAUGGGAGUUGUAUUUUUUGGCACUGUCGUGGAAACGUGAGUAGGGUGGGGGGGGACCUACGCCGUUGUUGCCUUCCUGUACUGACAUACACUUGAAAAGAGGCCAGUAGACUUGGAGGGUAGAAACACAAGACGAGAAAUGUUCCGACUCGCAUUGUCAAAGUCCGGUCGCAGUCACAGAUAAUGUCCGCGUUGCGAUUGGUCAGUAGCAAAACUUUCCAUUUUCCUAUACGUUUCAUCUUCAUGGUUGCCCUCGAAUAAUUUCCCGACAACUACUGUAUGUUGAACUUUGUAUUUAUUUAUUAUUUCACCUGGACAGUAUAAUGAAAACCUACCGCUACAUUUGAAGAUACUUAGGCCUAAUGUUAGUGUAGUCGUCAAUACUGUUCUUUUCCCAUUCUCUUCUGGGCCAGUAUGGCCAUGUCACUGAUCUCAAACAUGGUUGUUUUUCUUGGGGAAAUAUCAGAGAUGGCGUAGUAAUGUGUCAUUGUUGUUUUAAUGGUGUUGCCUGAUCUGAUGGUAGUCUCUGGUAUCCCAGACCAAGGGCAACAUCAGGAGCGUUGUUAAUGUGGGAGCCAACCCGUCUGCCUAGGGAGACUACUCUGAGGGUUACUGGCCACCCUUUUGUUUAGGUUUCUGUUCGUCCUAAAAAUAACCUGUUUCUGAUGGAAGCACAGGAUCCAACCACAGUGGUAAACAUGACCGUUCGGUUUGUCAGUAUUUCGCUGAAAGGCCAUAGAGCCCCUGUCAAUACAGUAUGUAGGUGAUGCACAGCACUUACCCUCCCUGCUGGUUCUGUCUCUUCUAUGGUGGAUAUGCAUUGUGUUAAUGUGAUAAUGGCUGACAAACACACAAAAAACAAGUGUCCGGUUUGGUGUUCACUCCAUACUCACAAGCAGUACUGCAUGGUGGUGAACUUGAAUCUGCAUCCAUUUCUGUUCUGUUGUUACUGAGAUGGCCACUGCUAUUCACACACACCCACUUCUUGUUCAUGGUCGGUGUCUGAUUGUCUGCCUCUUGAGAUGCCUUUGGUUCUCUGCUAUUUUGUAAAACGUUUUGGGGGGAAAUGACUGGUCUGUGCUGGGGUGGUUGAGUAUUCCACUGAACUGUUGUGUGUGUGUGUGUGUUUGUACUUGAAUCAUGACUAGCUUUGAGCAACUAAAGUGAUGUCAAUGUUUCUUUAUUCAGGGUUGUCAGUUAUGUAUCUCUCAAUCUACCUAUGUAUGCUGCAUUACGAUUCUGAAAAUACUCUGUGAGUGAAAUGUAAAAAAUAUUAGCACGGCUACAGUUUCUUUUAGUUAUAUGGUUUGAAGAGCUCUUUACUGUAAUAUUGUUCAUGAAAAUAAAGUUUUUAUAGUCAAA